AUGUCGUCCAGUGACACCCCUAGUGUGGAAACAGCGCAAGAUGGCCAGUCUCAGCAUGUCGAUGAGUCGGUUGCCAGAGACAGCACCGUUCGGAAAGACUAUGGAACGCUCAGUAACGUUCCCACAACGAGCAGCCACAGGCCCCGAAGUGCCAACCGAUCCGAAGAUGGCCCCGAACCUCCUUCUGGUAUGCCACCCUUGUCACCGCAAUCUACGAGGCCACGAAAACCUGCGACUAUAAGAAGAACAUCCACGCGGAGGCAGCUCCCUCAUCGCGGCGAACAAUUCUCCGUCGACGACGAUCCUGCCGAGGUAGAGGAAGCUCGAGUGCCACCUGGCCCUUCCACACCGAUAAUGCCCACCCCUAGCCGACAACACUCUACUGUCCGCCGACGCACGCAUGUUGCCGUUCCUCAGCUCGCCCGUGUGGACUCUGCGGAAGAAGAGGCGGAGAGGUUGAAUCUGGAAGAGCCACUUCCCGCGCCUGUGGAAGAGAUCGUGGAGGAGGACCAAGAAGAAGGACUAGAAGAUUCAGACGAUGCAUAUUUGAGCGACGCCGAAAGUUUCACCUUGCGAGACCGGCAGCUGGCUAUCAAUGAAACACAUCCAUUCGGUAUCCGAAUAUGGAAACCCGCGUUAUACAAAAAGAACAGAUCAGUCGAGAAGGGGGCAGAAGAAGACAUUCAUUCCUCUCCCAGUGAGAUCGUCAGCAAGUGGCUUUGGACUUUUAACUGCCUAUGGACGAUCCUCUUCGGUUGGUGGCUGGGUGCCGCAGCCGCCGUGGCUUCGUUGGUCUGCUAUCUAUUUGCUUUCGACCCUAGUGCGGCAGCAUAUGGCACAGUCUUCUGGGGUCUCGCUGGCUACCUCUUCUGGCCAUUCGGCAAAUUCGUCAAACUCGAGCAAGACGAGAAUUACGCGGAUGAAGACGAAGGAGAAGGUCGAAGUAUCAGUGAAUACGAGCGAUGGCAAAGUGGGGACCUGGAAUAUGGCCGACUCAUGUUCGGGCCACACCAUACUCAAUCUGGCUCGAUCGUUGGACGCCGACGCAACAGCAUCGACUCUGCUAGCGAGACGGACAGUCUGCUCGGUCGGAGUGGGAGAAGCGACCGGGAAGAUCCGGUCAUACAGUUCAAAGCGAAGCGACGACUUUUCGGCCGGGGCCAAUGGACCCCUGGGAGAGUCAUCUUCUUCAUCUUCUUCUAUUUCUACGUCGCGCCACUGAUGCUGACGGUUUCGAUGAUUUGCUGGUUCAUGGUCUUCUGGAUUCCCAUGGGCCGAGUCACGCUCAUCCUGUUCUACCAUCUGCGCAAACGACCGCUGUCAUUGACCUUCCACCGUGACGCGUCGGCUGCUAGAAGCUCGACCAGACCGUCAUCCAUUCUGCUAUGCACAUAUCGGGCGGUCGGAAUCAAGUAUUGGAAGUACACGGUUGAUGGCACCAACAUCUUCCUCAUCAACUUCCUGGCUGUGGUCGUCUUCAUCAUCCUCGAUAAUUUUAUCCUCAAGCAAGCCUUGGGCCUGAAAAUCUGGUUGACCAGUCCGGCGCUGAUGUUCACACUGGCAUUGAUAUCGAUCAUUCCGUUGGCCUACUUUAUCGGACAAGCGGUGGCUUCAAUCUCCGCCCAGUCUUCGAUGGGCAUGGGAGCCGCCGUCAACGCUUUUUUCUCGACGAUUGUCGAAGUAUACCUGUACUGCAUUGCCCUUAACGAAGGCAAGGGUCCACUUGUGGAAGGUAGCAUUAUUGGCAGUAUCUUUGCAGGUAUUCUUCUCUUACCGGGACUGUCGAUGUGCUUUGGAGCGAUCCGACGCAAGACGCAACGGUUCAAUGUCAAGUCCGCCGGCGCGACGUCGACGAUGUUGCUGUUUGCUGUGAUUGCAGCUUUUGGGCCGACGCUAUUCUACAAGAUCUAUGGAAGCCAUGAGUUGGUUUGCAAGUCUUGCACGGCCUCCGGCCUGGACACCCCACGCGAUUGCCGACAAUGUUAUUUCCGACAGGUCCCAGCAAUUAGUGACGAAUUCUUCGUCAAAGCUGUCAGGCCGUAUUGUUGGAUUGCUGCCGGUUUUCUGUUUUCCUCCUACAUCAUUGGAUUACUCUUCACUUUGCGGACGCAUGCGGCCAUCAUCUGGAGCACCGAGAUCGAGGAAAAGAAGAUUCAAUUAGCAAAUACGGCUGAUGUAAGCCCCAUGGAUACUCGACAACAGAGCAUGGUCAAUUCGCAGCAGAUUCACCACCAGAAUGGCUCCUAUGUUCCCAGAGCAGCCAUUCGAGACUCUCAGCUAUACAAACGAAUUCUAGGGCAAUCUCUGCGCUCAGCAGGCCUUGGAGCAGAAGCUGAUGGUACUUCUGAGCAUGAACCUGCUAUGGGAUCCAGAGUUGGCUCACAAUUUCGUGGCAUUGAUCACCAGAACAAACAUGAUCUGCCUCAUGUGGUACCCCCCAAGUCGAGUCAUGGAUCUGACAUGCCUCAAAGCCCUGCGCUGCGCCCUGUUGUGCCAGGACUGUCCGAGGAAGAUAACAACAACCUUGUUCGACAGGUCGCUGAAAUGGCGGCCACCGCUGCGACUGUUGCGGCGCGGGACGCGGUCAACCAUCCACGAGCUGCCUCAUAUCAGGCGACACAUUCGACCAAAACCGACACUGUGAGAAGCUCCCGGCCUGCAAUCACCCGCAGUAGUACUGUGGCGGAGGAGGCGUCUGCCAAUCCCGCCGCGGAGCAAGCGAUACACGGAGAAGGCGGUGGACAUGACGCCCCCAACUGGUCGCGAAUGAAGUCGUCCGUGAUCCUGUUGACGGCAACAGUUGCCUACGCUAUAGUGGCGGAAAUUCUGGUGGACACUGUUGACGUUGUGCUCAACUCGAUCGAGAUCGAUGAGAAGUUCCUGGGAAUUACCUUGUUUGCGCUAGUGCCGAACACCACCGAAUUCCUCAACGCCAUCUCGUUCGCUAUGAACGGCAACAUUGCGUUGAGCAUGGAGAUCGGUUUGGCGUACGCGUUGCAGGUCUGCUUGCUCCAGAUUCCAGCUCUCGUCCUCUUCUCGGCAGUUCAUGGCCAGUUCAUCGACCCACGCGACCUCCUUGACCACACCUUUAACCUCAUCUUCCCACAGUGGGAUAUGGUCACUGUCAUCCUCUGUGUGUUUUUGUUGAGCUAUAUUGCAGGGGAGGGAAAGAGCAACUACUUCAAGGGCAGUAUCCUGGUGUUGACCUACCUUGUGGUGGUCUUUGGUUUUUACUUCAGUGGGUUCACCACCAUGACCAUUAUGGGAGGAGACCCGACCGAUACACUAUCCAUCAUGUCGAGUAUGGCAUGGCAACAGAGUCAACCAAGAACCAGUCAGUUGACAGGGGCGGUUGGCGGAAGAGAACUGUAG